CGAGUGAGUGAUUUUUUCUCGGAAAUGCAUUAGCCAAAAUAAUAACAAGCCCAACCCACCCUUACUGAAAUAUGGCAGCUUAUCCUCCAACAAGUACAUUUCAACCGGGAACAGUGUCAACACCUGCAACAAAAGUUGAGGUGUCAGUUGCCUGCAGGAACCUAUCUGACAAAGAUGUGAUGUCCAAAUCAGAUCCAAUGUGUGUUUUGUAUACAACUCAGCUUGGUUCCAAACAAUAUGCUGAGUAUGAACGAACAGAACAAGUGAAAAACAGUCUAAAUCCUGAAUUUGUGCACAAGUUUAUCUUAACAUAUUACUUUGAAGAGUGUCAACGUCUUCGCUUUGAAAUUUAUGAUGUGGAUUCAGCAAAACAAGCCCUUGAUAAGCAUGAUUUUCUAGGUAGUUUAGAUUGUACACUUGGAGAGAUUCUUGGAAGUUCCGGUAAUAAGAUUAAAAAACCAUUAGUUGGUGUUUCGAAAAAAGGUGGAGAAAUCAUCAUAUCUGCAGAAGAAGUUAGUGAGUGCAAGGAUUUGGCAACAUUCACAAUGCGAGGGCAUAAGCUUGACAAGAAGGAUUUCCUUGGCAAGUCUGAUCCUUACCUUGUCUUUUACAGGUGCAAUGAGGACAACAGUUACACGAUUGUCCAUAAGACGGAGGUGAUUAAAAACACCCUUGAUCCAACCUGGCGUCCAUUCAGCCUGAUGGUUCGAAAGAUAUGCAAUGGCGAUUACGACAGGUCUAUAAAGAUCGAAUGCUAUGAUUAUGACAGUGAUGGAAGUCAUGACCUCAUUGGAGAAUUUACUACCAACAUGCGACAACUGUCUGAGGGCAGCAAACGUUUUGAGUUGAUUCAUCCGAAGAAAAAAGAAAAGAAGAAGAACUACAAGCAUUCUGGUACCAUUGAGCUGACAAGUUGUCGGAUUGAGAUGCAGCCAAGUUUUCUCGAUUAUAUCAAAGGUGGAACGCAACUUAAUUUUACAGUGGCCAUCGAUUUUACAGCCUCAAAUGGUAAUCCAACUAGUUCCAACUCAUUGCAUUUCCUUGAUCCAUACCGCCCAAACCAUUACGCUCAAGCUAUCCAGUCUGUGGGAGAGAUUGUACAGGACUAUGAUACCGACAAGCUCUUUCCGGUGCUUGGCUUCGGUGCUAAGAUUCCUCCUAACGGGCAGGUGUCGCAUGAAUUCCCAGUGAACUUCAAUUCCCAGAAUCCAUUCUGUGCCGGCAUUCAAGGAAUAAUGAAUGCAUAUCAGAACUGCAUCCGUCAAGUGCAACUCUACGGGCCAACUAACUUUUCUCCUGUUAUCAACCAUGUUGCUAAGUUUGCCGCAGCCUACCAUGAUGGUUCUAACUACUUUAUCCUGUUGAUUAUUACGGACGGUGUCAUUUCGGACAUGGACCUCACCAAAGAUGCCAUCAUAAGGGCUAGUGGUCUACCGAUGUCCAUUAUCAUAAUUGGUGUUGGACCGGCAGAAUUUGACGCCAUGGAAGAACUUGAUGCCGAUAAAGGUCCUUUGCAAAACCAUGGUAAGGUUGCUCAGAGGGAUAUUGUGCAGUUUGUCCCAUUUCGCGAAUACAUUGGUGGCGUUGCUAGUGGGAACCUUCUUCUGAGCCAGGCGAGACUAGCAAAGGAUGUGUUAGCCGAAGUGCCAGACCAGUUUCUCUCCUACAUGAAGAAACAAGGAAUAAAACCGAAUGCAGAGCCCCAACAGAACCAGUCGCUACAGGUACAGGCUACAAUGUGAAAUAUUUCAGGGAAAUGCAAAGAUGAGUAUCAUAUGAUAUGAUGACCAGCUUGAGUUUUGUGCAUCAGAUCUUACCAUUUCUGCAGAUUUUCCAGAUAUACAGUAGUCUAAAGUUGUGACACAAGCACCUUCUACUUCAAAGUGGUAUGAAAGAAUUUAAGAAUAUAAAAAGUUGUUGCUGAAAGAUGGCCAGUUACUGCAUGAGCCAUUUUAUAUGUGGUGUCAUGAAAUCUGUCUCUUGGAACCAAAUAAUAGCAUCGUUUUAUUAAUUAUCCUAAUCCUUCAUUCUUUGCAAUUUGCUAUUUUUAUCAUUCCAUCUUUUGUGUGAUAUCUAGUAUUGUGUGUGACAUUUGUUGUAGACGGUUAAGUUAUCAUGUUUUUGCUUCCAAAUGAAAAUGACUUAUACAUGUUGACCAAAAUUUAGAUUUAGACCAUUUAUGAAAUGUGCAGUACAGUUAAAAGUCCUUGCUAUGACACUGAUAUUUUUAACCACAGUAUUAUAUGCACCUAUUUUGCUACAGCUGUCAAAUGAACUUAAAGUAGGCGAAAUCAUAAUUUAAAAAGUUCUAUCUCGUGCCAAACAUCUACAGCCUCAACAAUGUUUGUAGCCACGAACAACAAAGCAUUAACAUUUUUGUAAGAUUGCAAAACCUAAAAAAGUAUAUUUAACCUAUAAAGUAUAUAUUUAAGUGUAAUUUGUUGUAAUAUGUAUACCUAAUGUAUGUAUAUAUUCUUAAUUUUUAAAUGGUAAUGGGCAUACAAUCAAGCAGACAUGCUUCCAAAUCCAAAGAAAUUAUAUGAAUUGAAUCUUGGAAAAUUAGAAAAACUCACUGGGGUUAACACUCAAAAAAACUCUUUACCAGCUCUUGAUAUUCAUUAUACAAAGCACAACUCCAAUGUGCUUCAAGGUGUUAUUUUUAUUUAUCUACCUAGCUGUUACCUAUCAUUUACAUCUGAUAUAUCUACACUUCAUUUUAAAUUCCUGUGCUCAAAAACAAUUUUGCAGACUUCCACACUUCUGCAGAUCUCUACUAAUGAAAUUCAACACGAUCUUCAGACCCAGGGGUCCCAAAUCUUCUGGAAAUCGGAACAGCCUCCCGCACUCCCGCAAAUUUUGCAUGUUCACUGUCGUACGUAUUAUCAAUUCUCAUGGAAGCAUUGCUGAUGAGUAUCACUUUGUGCAGCAAAGUAAAAUUAAAUGUGUUAAGGAAGCUCAUUAACCAGAUAAGUGGCGCAGGACAGCCGGCCCAAGUCUCCUAAUUAUUUCAAAAUGAUUAAAAUGAAAAUGGAGUAGAAAAUAAUCAAAUUUAAGAGUCACUUAGAGGUGCCAUAAUCAUAAAUUAAUUGAUAAACAUUAUCAAUGGCGCGGGACAGCCAGCCAGAGUCUCCUAAUUAUUUCAAAAUGAUUAAAAUGAAAAUGGAGUAGAAAAUAAUCAAAUUUAAGAGCCAUUUAGAGGUGCCCUAAUCAUAAAUUAAUUAAUAAACAUUAUACCUACGAUCAAGUAAAGAAGAAUUAAAUUAUAUUCAAUGCCUUGGAUAUUUAUUUGUGACUAUAUUGUUAAUCAAGGUUAAAGUCUUCUGAGAACAUGAUUAUACCUUUUGACAUUAUUAUGUCUAAUACUAACAUUUAAUUAAUUCAAUUUAGUUUAAAACUAAUUAUCAUAUAACAUUUGUUUUUUUGUUUUUUUAUCUGUAAACUGUUCAUUGAGACAAAUGUUUUUAUUUCUCUUUUCUACAGUAGGAGUCAUAAAUUAUUAUUCAUUGGAUUAUAUUAAUGUAUUAUCAAUAUCUGUAUAUUUUGCAAGAGGAUUUUUUAAAAUGUAUUUUGGUAUUUUAUAUUGAUCGUAUUCUAAAAUAGGUUUGUUGAUAUACCAUACUAAUAAGAUCAACAUUUAUAUUGUAUUCUUUAAAUUGUAAUGGCUCUGUCUAUAUAUAUGAAAUUUUUGUGUAGAACAUAAUGAAGUAAUUAAUUAAUUUUUACUAGUAGAAGUAGAUCUUUUUUAUCAGUAUUUUAUUUUAUAUAAUAAUUAAAACAAAUCAAUAUACAGAUAUGGAUGGACUUUUUCAGCAGUUCUAUCAAAUUUAGCAACUGACCAAUCAGAAUUUGGCUACAGACACGCCCACAAGCGCACAUGUUUACAUACGUUGACCAUGCCAUUUUUGUAGAUCUUAGUAACAAUAUCCAAGGGGCGUGUGUUAGUGGAAAUUUCUAAUCAUACACAUAAAUUGUCAUAUUUUUUGUCUGUCAGACGUUGAUAGUGUGCUUCUUGUAGAGAUUAUCUGAUCAAACAAUGAUGCCUUUCCAUGUCUGUUGAGAUUAGAACAAUGCUCUGCUUAUUCAGGUAAAGUUUGAACGAACAUGAUAACAGUAAAAAUAUAAAGAAAUGUUUGGAAUCGAUUGUAAAAGUGUAUUGCCAUGUCUGUUGGUAAUAAGAAUAAUGCUCUAAUUAUUCGGACAGAGUUUGAACAAACAUUGUAAUAGUAAAAAAUAUAAAGGUUAAAGUAAAUUGAAAGUAUAUUAUAUAAUCAAAACUUCA